AUGGAGGACGAUUCGGAAUGGGAGUACGAAUACGACGAGCACGAAACGGAGGAUCUAUAUUUCACACUGGACCUGACAACACACGUACCCGACGCCGUCCCAAUCGCAAAAUCCGCUCGCAAUGGCAAGCCUGCUCCAAGAUUAGCGCCUCCUGCCAGAGAGCAGACACCGCUGGAGCCUGCCAAGCUUCAGAUCCUGGACCUGCACACGAAGAAUCCUUUCGUCAAAUUCAAUGAUGGCGUCUACAGCUGUCACUGGCAUAUCGAUCUCGGCACUCAGAUCCAUGUUGUAGAACAGGGAGCCAUUGCGGACCCGGUGAGGAAAGGCCAUGUGCUUGAUGUGGUUGCCACAUCCCAGACACGACUGUUAGCAGAACCUGUCACUUUGAAGGCACGGCCAGGCGCAAUUGACCUGACUAGUGAAGAACAUGGCGAGGUUGCGAGCACUGACGAUCCGGCGGCCGUAUCAUCAGCUCAGCCACUUCCUCCAAGUGACUUGUCUACCUUGCAACCUGGUCAACAGCUGGUCGUUCCCCCAGAGGUUGUGAAGAACCCUGUCAUGGCGGCACAGGCAUCGUUCUUUGAGCGGCUAUCGGCUAUUAAGCUCGCGAAAGGAGAGAACGAUAUUAUCCCUGUAGGCGCAGUGAAGUUCUAUGCUCCGCCUGCGAACGAGGAUGAGAUUAGGCAACGAGCAUUGGCUGCUGCCAGCCAGCAGGAGAUCGCUGCAGACGUGCCCACAGCGACUGCUCGUCCCAAGGGCAGGGGCAGAAAGCGGGCGCAUGGAGAGAUGGCUACCGAUGACCUGGCGGCGAACGCUCGGCCUGCAAAAAUUGCUGCAAGAACGAGUGCCGUGUCCGCAAUGCCUCACCCAAUUCUUCCUCCGGAUAGCGUUCAUGAGACAACACUGCCAUCGUCGAGUACCGUGCAGUACCGUUUGCCGGGACAAGACGUGAGCCCUCGGAAAUUUCCAUCCACAGCACUUGAAGAGCGUAAAACUACACGGCCAAGCUCUGAAGUUCAGCAGCACUUCUCGCCGGUACCCUAUUCAUUACCGAGCUCGUUCCCGCCAGAAAAGUCACUCAGCCCUACCAUACCAGAGCAUGCUACUUCACCUGCAACCCAAGAAGCUUCGAGCACGGUUGCGCCUCAGCCAUCGCUAGAAUCUCGGUCGCAGUCAGGUAAUGCGCUGGCUGAUCUACUGAGACAAUCGCCAACGAGUAUGCCACCCGAUGGCCCUUCUGCUAGUUUGGCAAGGCCAUUUUCCGAAGCUAAUGGCGCGGCUACUACACCUGAUUGA